GUGGCCGCCUGUGGGCCACUUCCGGUCGGGCUCGGGUUUCCCAGCGAGUCGGCAUUUAAAUAAGAGCUGCUGAGGAGAGGCUACCGGCUGCUGAGAAACACCAACGGCACAUCUUGCAGGCUUUUAUGUUGACCUUAAGUUUUAUUCCAAAAACGACAGAAAUAAUUGCUCGUCUGUGAGCAUCCGGUGGUCUCUCAAAGGAGGAUAACGGGGCUUGUCGGUGCAUCAUUUAUGGGAUUCCUGUGCUCGUCCUCGGCCCGUUAGCGGUAGUAUUGAACAAUAUUUGUUUAUCAAAUAGAAGAGAAAAAGUGUCUUUUUGGAUAAUUACAGUCUCGGAUCCGGAAGAACCCGGAUGAAGAGAAUGCAAUUAAGUGCGUUGUCUUUAAUUGGCACAGCACAAUCUAUCUUGGAUUGACUUUUUUGUUUAGAUAGCAUUAAAAUAGCAGCACACACUAAACAACAUUGAAUCUACCAGUGUAUAUUCUAUACCAGAUAUGAUCCAGCAUAACUAGAUCUAAAUAGCUAUAAAGGCAUUUUUUAAAGUGAACUUCGAAACAUUCUGUUAUACCAGUCAAAGACACCUUUGUGCUCUAAGUUUUUACAUUUUUAAUGGCUUGUAUAUGAGGACCCAUUGAUGCACUCUUGACCUCAGAGAAGAUUAGGACUCACCCAAAAACACCAGAAAGAGCGAAGAUAGAAGAAGAAAAAGUGCACUCAUCAUGUUCAGCUGGCUGGGAAGCGACGACCGCAGGAAGAAGGAGCCUGAAGUCUUCCAGACUGUCAGCGAUGGCCUGAAGAAGCUCUACAAGACCAAGCUGCUGCCCCUGGAGGACACCUACAAGUUCCACGAGUUCCACUCGCCAGCCCUGGAGGAUGCAGACUUUGACAACAAGCCCAUGGUCCUGCUGGUGGGUCAGUACUCCACGGGCAAGACCAGCUUCAUACGCUACCUGUUGGAGCAGGAUUUUCCUGGGAUGCGCAUCGGCCCCGAACCCACCACGGAUUCCUUCAUCGCGGUGAUGCACGGCGACACCGAGGGGGUGGUGCCCGGCAACGCCCUGGUGGUGGACCCCAAGAAGCCCUUCAGGAAGCUGAACGCCUUUGGGAACGCCUUCCUCAACAGGUUUGUGUGUGCCCAGCUGCCUAACCCUGUGCUGGAGAGCAUCAGUGUGAUUGACACCCCGGGGAUCCUGUCAGGAGAGAAACAGAGAAUCAGUCGAGGCUACGACUUUGCAGCCGUCCUGGAGUGGUUCGCUGAACGCGUGGACAGGAUCAUCCUCCUGUUCGACGCCCACAAACUGGACAUUUCCGACGAGUUUUCGGAGGUUAUCAAGGCCCUGAAGAACCACGAGGACAAGAUCAGGGUCGUGCUGAACAAGGCGGACCAGAUCGAGACCCAGCAGCUGAUGCGAGUGUACGGGGCGCUCAUGUGGUCGCUCGGCAAAAUUGUCAACACGCCUGAGGUGAUCCGCGUCUACAUCGGAUCAUUUUGGUCGCACCCUCUGCUGAUUCCCGACAACAGGAAGCUGUUUGAGGCAGAGGAGCAAGAUCUGUUUAAAGACAUUCAGUCGCUGCCGCGGAACGCCGCGCUGAGGAAACUCAAUGACCUGAUCAAGCGGGCCAGGUUAGCAAAGGUGCAUGCCUACAUUAUCAGCUCCCUGAAGAAAGAGAUGCCUUCCGUGUUCGGCAAGGAGAACAAGAAGAAGGAGCUUAUCGGCAGCCUGGGAGACAUCUACAAGCGCAUUGAGAGGGAACAUCAGAUAUCACCUGGAGAUUUCCCAAACCUGAAGAAGAUGCAGGACCAACUCCAAGCUCAGGACCUCACCAAGUUCCAGCCUCUCAAGUCCAAACUCCUGGAGGCGGUGGACGACAUGCUGGCCCAUGACAUCGCCGGCCUGAUGGUGCUGGUGCGGCAGGAGGAAAACCAGCGGCCCAACCCCGUCGUCAAGGGAGGCGCCUUCGAUGGCACCCUCAACGGCCCCUUCGGCCACGGCUACGGCGAGGGGGCCGGCGAGGGCAUCGACGAGGCCGAGUGGGUGGUGGCGCGCGACAAGCCGGCCUACGACGAGAUCUUCUACACGCUGUCGCCCGUCAACGGCAAGGUGACGGGGGCCAACGCCAAGAGGGAGAUGGUCAAGUCCAAGCUGCCCAACACGGUGCUGGGAAAGAUCUGGAAGCUGGCGGACAUCGACAAGGACGGGAUGCUCGACGACGAGGAGUUUGCCUUGGCCAAUCACCUGAUUAAGGUCAAGCUGGAGGGACAUGAACUUCCCACGGAGCUGCCGGCACAUCUGCUGCCUCCUUGCAAGAAGAAAAUACCUGAGUAAACGUUGCUUAUGUCACCCUGAAACUCCCCAUUAGCAAUCCCUCAUUAGAAGUCAGCAUUAGCUCUAAGAAAACCUCUGAAAACAAAGCCAUGUUUCCACUGGUUCAGCUCAGUCAAGCAGCAGAGCGCAUUAGCAAAGGACAACAAUGCAGGACAAAGGCUAGCUCGUUUGUUACCCCAACGGACAGCUGCCAGAAAGUGGUUUAGCACCAAUCAGUCAUUUUUAAUGGCUUUACAAUUUUUCAAGAGUCUGAAGGUCCCCUAUUAUGCAAAAGUGACAUUUAACAAUCUUGAAAUACCUCCUUCCCCAGGCUUCACUACACAUCUUAAAAUAAAGCUCUGCCAACUAUCUGUCAGUCAGCUACAGACGUGGGAGCUGUAAGUUUGAUCAUUUUUUAUUAGCGAAUAGGCUAACCUAGCGUGAUGCUGCUGUUAAAAUAUGAGCGUAUUGUUAGCACUUUGGCACACGUAGCUCUGCUGGUCUUGCUAACCCCCUGUCCAUCCAUCCAUUCAUUUUUCUUCUACUUAUCCGGGUGUCAGUCUCAGUAGGGAAGCCCAGACUUCCCGGUCUCCAGCCACCGGGAGUACAACAAAGUGUUUCCAGGCCAGCUGUGGGACAUAAUCCCUCCAGCGUGACCUAGGUCUGCCCCGGGGCCUUCGGCCUGGAGCACCUCACCAGGGAGGCGUCUAGGAUCCGGAAUAGAUUCCCAAGUCACCUCGACUGGCUCCUUUUGAUGUGAAGGAGCAGCGGCUCUACUCUGAGCCCCUCCCGGAUGACCGAGCUCCUCACCCCAUCUCUUAGGGUGAGUCCAGCCACCCUAUGGAGGAAACUCAUUUCAGACGCUUGUAUCCGCAAUCUCGUUCUUUCGGUCACGACCCAAAGCUCAUGACCAUCGGUGAGGGUGGGAAAAAUUGAGAGCUUUGCCUUCCGGCUCAGCUGAAGAAGCCACACUGGAUCUCCCUCCGCUCCCACCAACUGCGGGGGCAAGCAUAAGUGUCCCGUGCAAUGUGCUCUGGGUGGCGGUAGAGGGCGGGCGCCUGUCAAAUCUGGUUCUAACCUCCUGUCCCACUCUUUAAUGUUACAUUGUUGUAUGUGACACAUGGCAUAUCUUACGUUGGACAAGUGCAAAACGUGGCGCAAGGUUGCUCCUUGGAGACACACACUCUCGCAUUAAAGCUGCAGACACACUAAACAGGCUUACUAAAAGCACUUGUAAAUUGUCUAAAUUCCAAAUACAAGAUUGUGGGAUGUCUCAGACUUAUUUCAAAUAAUAAGGGACCUUUAAAAGAUGUUUUGAGUAAAAGAAUUGGGUCAGGAUGCACAACAGUCCAGCUUGUCGCCCUUUUUUGUCACUGAGUUUGAAAGUAGCCUGUAGUUCUGUACAAAGGAGAAACACUGGAAAAAGCAUACUGUCAGCACGUACGUGGCCGUAACAAUGUGAAGAAUGAUGGGGGGCAGCUUUUUCUGGGGCGGGGGGCUGGGUAAAAAUAGUUUUAUUUUUGGUGUCCUGGCACCACUGAGGCGUUUGGGCCCUUUUGUUUCAUGGUCACCAUUGACUUCCUGGUUGUUAAUUUGGGAAAACACACACACAGAGGUGGGGGACAGAGGUGUUAGUAAGCAGCAGGAUAGAAGAAGAAGAGCCUUGAAAGUGUUCCAAAUGUUCACCAUGCCUGGUGGAAGCAGGGAAAUGCUUUUGUCUUAAAUGUGCCGUUGAUGAAUAAACAUGUUAAUGAUACUGUGAGCAUCAUUUAGUAGAAAUAAAUAUAUGGGGGUGUGGGCACAUCCUAUUGUAUUAUGUAUUGUGCUAAUCUUUUGGGUUUUUUGCUAACUUUGUUUGUCCUCAACGUCGAUACGAUUAAUGUCAGGAAAUAACAUGAAUAGCCUCAUUAUUGUGCAUAUAGAUUACAUACAUUAGGGUCAGUACACACACAUUUAGAAUGGAUAACAAACAUUUGACGUGCUCAUGAUACAUGUAUGGAUGACAGUAUUGAGAGCUGCUUGAAUUGACCUUUGCUAAAAAUGUAACCUUGUAGCCUUACAUCUUCAUGCACACAAGAGCGGUAUGUGUGUGUCACCUUUAAUGUGAAUGUAAUGUGCGUGCGUGUGUGUGUGUGUCUGCAGACGUCCAUGUUAUAUCUGUGGUGUGUUUAUCAGCACAAUAAACUGCAUCAUGAACAAGA